AGUCCGCCCCGCGAGCUGCGGGCUCCGCCCCGGCAUGUCCCUCCCGUCUGCUUACAGCAGCUUCCGGGCUCUGCGGCUCCGAGAGGCUGCGGCCCCGACGCCGGGCCCGGGAGGGGCCGCAGCUCUUAGCCCCCGACGCCUGGGUCGCCAGACAGGUCCCCUGUUUGCUUCAAUACUGAGAUCUCCGAGGACAUGUCCAGCCUGACCUUGCGGAAGCCACGUCUCAGCUGCCUGCUCCCUGCCGGAAAGGCCGCUUUGUAGAAGCCACAGCCCUCUAAAUCAAAGGACCGUCCCUGCGGGCUGGAGGGCAGGACACAGACUUUCCCUUCCCCUCACACACACUGGAGACUCCCUAUUCCAGAGCUCCCUUAGGGCAACAGCGAAGGACGUCCUAGAACUGGAGUACCUAGAACCCCUGGCCACCUUCCUCCUGUCUUCUUGGAUGGAGCAUCACCUCCCCAGCUUCUGGGGCAUCUUGGGGAGUGGCCUUGAGAGCCGUCAACCAUGGAGCCCAGUGAUAGUACCAGUACCACUAUGGAAGAACCUGACAGCUUGGAAGUGUUGGUGAAGACCCUGGAUUCUCAGACUCGGACCUUUAUUGUGGGAGCCCAGAUGAACGUAAAGGAGUUUAAGGAGCACAUUGCUGCCUCUGUCAGCAUUCCCUCUGAGAAACAACGGCUCAUCUACCAGGGACGAGUUCUGCAAGAUGAUAAGAAGCUCCAGGAAUACAAUGUUGGGGGAAAGGUCAUCCACCUGGUGGAACGGGCUCCUCCUCAGACUCAGCUCCCUUCUGGGGCAUCUUCUGGGACGGGGUCUGCCUCGGCCACUCACGGUGGGGGACCUACGCCUGGUACUCGGGGACCUGGGCCCUCUGUUCAUGACCGGAAUGCCAACAGCUAUGUGAUGGUUGGAACCUUCAAUCUUCCUAGUGACGGCUCUGCUGUGGAUGUUCACAUCAACAUGGAACAGGCCCCGAUUCAGAGUGAGCCUCGAGUACGUCUGGUGAUGGCUCAGCACAUGAUCAGGGAUAUACAGACCUUGCUGUCCCGGAUGGAGUGUCGAGGAGGGACCCAGGCACAGCAGAGUCAACCACCCUCACAGACGCCAACUGUGGCCCCAGAGCCAGUAGCCUUGAGCGCUCGAACAUCAGAACCAGUUGAAAGUGAAGCGCCUCUUCGGGAGCCCAUGGAGGCAGAAGAAGUGGAGGAGCGUGCCCCAGCCCAGAGCCCGGAGCUCACACCUUCUGGCCCAGCCCCUGUGGGCCCAGCACCUGGACCAGAGACCAAUGCGCCCAACCAUCCUUCGCCUGCAGAGUAUGUGGAGGUGCUCCAGGAGCUGCAGCGGCUUGAGAGCCGCCUCCAGCCCUUCCUACAGCGCUAUUAUGAGGUUCUAGGUGCUGCUGCUACCACGGAUUACAACAACAAUCAAGAGAGCCGUGAAGAGGAUCAGCGCUUGAUCAACUUGGUGGGGGAGAGCCUGCGGCUGCUGGGCAACACCUUUGUGGCACUGUCUGACCUGCGCUGCAAUCUGGCCUGUGCGCCCCCACGACACCUGCAUGUGGUCCGGCCCAUGUCUCACUACACCACCCCCAUGGUGCUCCAGCAGGCAGCCAUUCCCAUCCAGAUCAAUGUGGGGACCACUGUGACCAUGACAGGGAAUGGGACUCGGGCCCCCCCGACUCCCAGUGCAGAGGCCUCUCCCUCUGGUCCUGGGCAGGCCUCAUCCUUGGCUCCCUCUUCUACCACUGUUGAGUCUUCAACUGAGGGGGCUCCUCCACCGGGGCCAGCUCCGCCCCCGACCGCCAGCCACCCGCGGGUCAUCCGGAUUUCCCACCAGAGUGUGGAACCUGUAGUCAUGAUGCACAUGAACAUCCAAGAUUCUGGCACACAGCCCGGUGGAGUUCCGAGUGCUCCCACUGGCCCCCUAGGACCCCCUGGUCAUGGCCAGACCCUGGGCUCCACCCUCAUCCAGCUGCCCUCCCUGCCCCCUGAGUUCAUGCACGCCGUCGCCCACCAGAUCACUCAUCAGGCCAUGGUGGCAGCUGUUGCCUCCGCGGCCGCAGGACAGCAGGUGCCAGGCUUCCCAACCGCUCCAACCCGGGUGGUCAUUGCCCGACCCACCCCUCCACAGGCUCGGCCUUCCCAUCCUGGGGGCCCCCCGGUCUCGGGGACACUGCAGGGUGCUGGGAUAGGUACCAACGCCUCUUUGGCCCAGAUGGUGAGCGGCCUUGUGGGGCAGCUGCUUAUGCAGCCUGUCCUUGUGGCUCAGGGGACUCCAGGAAUGGUUCCGCCUCCAGCCCCUGCCACUGCUUCAGCAAGUGCUGGCACCACCAACACAGCUACCACAGCGGGCCCUGCCCCUGGGGGACCUGCCCAGCCUCCACCCCCGCAACCCUCCGCUGAUCUUCAGUUCUCUCAGCUCCUGGGGAACCUGCUGGGGCCUGCAGGGCCAGGGGCUGGUGGGCCUGGCAUGGCUUCUCCCACCAUCACUGUGGCGAUGCCUGGUGUCCCGGCCUUUCUCCAGGGCAUGACUGACUUCUUGCAGGCGACACAGACACAAACGGCUCCUCCGCCCCCACCCCCUGCUCCAGAGCAACAGACCAUGCCUACCCCAGGAUCCCCCUCUGGCGGUGCAGGGAGUCCUGGAGGCCUGGGUCCUGAGAGCCUGCCACUGGAGUUUUAUACCUCAGUGGUGCAGGGCGUGCUGAGCUCCCUGCUGGGCUCCCUCGGGGCUCGGGCUGGCAGCAGUGAGAGUAUUGCUGCCUUCAUACAGCGCCUCAGUGGAUCCAGCAACAUCUUUGAGCCUGGGGCUGAUGGGGCCCUCGGUUUCUUUGGGGCGCUGCUCUCUCUUCUGUGUCAGAACUUUUCCAUGGUGGAUGUGGUGAUGCUUCUCCAUGGGCAUUUCCAGCCACUGCAGCGGCUCCAGCCCCAGCUGCGAUCUUUCUUCCACCAGCACUACCUGGGUGGCCAGGAACCCACACCUGGUAACAUCCGGACGGCAACCCACACACUGAUCACGGGGCUAGAAGAAUACGUGCGGGAGAGUUUUUCUUUGGUACAGGUUCAGCCUGGGGUGGACAUUAUUCGAACAAACCUGGAAUUUCUCCAAGAGCAGUUCAAUAGCAUUGCUGCUCAUGUGCUUCACUGCACAGACAGUGGAUUUGGGGCCCGUUUGUUGGAGUUGUGUAACCAGGGCCUGUUUGAAUGCCUGGCACUGAACCUGCACUGCUUGGGGGGGCAGCAGAUGGAGCUGGCUGCUGUCAUCAAUGGCCGAAUUCGUCGCAUGUCUCGUGGGGUGAAUCCAUCCUUGGUGAGCUGGCUGACCACUAUAAUGGGACUGAGGCUUCAGGUGGUACUGGAUCACAUGCCUGUGGGCCCCGAUGCCAUCCUCAGAUAUGUUCGCAGGGUUGGUGAUCCCCCUCAGCCAGUUCCUGAGGAGCCAAUGGAAGUUCAGGGAUCAGAGAGAACUUCCCCUGAACCUCAGCGGGAGAAUGCUUCCCCAGCCCCUGGAACAACAGCAGAAGAGGCCAUGUCCCGAGGCCCACCACCUGCUCCUGAGGGGGGCUCCCGAGAGGAACAGGAUGGAGCCUCAGCUGAGACAGAACCCUGGGCAGCUGCAGUACCCCCAGAGUGGGUUCCUAUCAUCCAGCAGGACAUUCAGAGCCAGCGAAAGGUGAAGCCACAGCCCCCCCUGAGUGACGCUUACCUCAGUGGUAUGCCUGCCAAGAGACGCAAGACGAUGCAGGGUGAGGGCCCCCAGCUGCUUCUCUCAGAGGCUGUGAGCCGGGCAGCUAAGGCAGCCGGAGCUAGGCCCCUGACGAGCCCCGAGAGCCUGAGCCGGGACCUGGAGGCACCAGAGGUUCAGGAGAGCUACAGGCAGCAGCUCCGGGCUGACAUACAAAAGCGUCUGCAGGAAGACCCCAACUACAGCCCCCAGCGCUUCCCUAAUGCCCACCGGGCCUUUGCUGAUGACCCCUAGCUCUUUGUCUGUGGCCCUCCCUCACCAGGGGACCAUUUCUCCCCCCUUCCUUCACAGUAUUUAAGAAAUAAAAGUCAGAUUUUCCUGGC